AUGGCUUCCAAGCAAGUGCUCGCCGUCGCCGCCGCCGCCGUCGCCCUCGCCGUCCUCCUCCCGGCGCGCGCCGCCGCCACGGAGCACAUGGUGGGCGACAGCAAUGGCUGGGCCCUCGAGUUCGACUACGCCACCUGGGCGGCCGCCAGGCAGUUCAUGGUCGGCGACACGCUAGUGUUCAAGUACAAGAGCCCCGACCACACGGUGGUGGAGGUGGGUGGCGCGGACUUCGCGGCGUGCAACAAGACGGCGAACGCCAAGGAGUGGAGCUCCGGCGAGGACCGCGUCGCGCUCGACAAGGAGGGCAGGAGGUGGUUCUUCUGCGGCGUCGGCAACCACUGCCUGAGGAACAUGAAGCUCAAGAUCGCCGUCCUCGCCGCCGGCGCGCCCGCUCCCGAGGCCCCGCCGCCGCCGCCGCCGUCCAGCCCCGCCGGCAAGGUGCAGGCCCGCGUCGCGCACGCGGUGGCGGCGGCGGUGACCGCGGCGGCCGCGGCCAUGCUCGCGCUCUAG